UUCGCUCUCCGUUUUAGCCACAGCAGCCGAAGGCCGAAAAUGUCAGACACCAUGGCUCCGUCGCGCAGCUUCUGCUCGCGUUUUUACCGAACCCACGCGCCUAUCGCACAGGCAACAGGCUCUAGAGGUUAUUAAUCACAAAACUCGGUCUUUCAAGUGGAGUGUUUUGACCAUGAGUGUCGGCGAUUGCGCCGCGUAACGCGCUCGACACGCACAAAGGCGGAGAUUAUGGAGUAAACGCGCGUCGCACGGCCGCUAGACUCACCAUCAUAAUAACAAUUACACUGCUAUGGCACUCUCGGUGAUCCAGACGUGUCGUAGUCUGGCCCUGUCCACCUGGCUGCUGUCCUUCUGCUUCGUCCACCUGCUGUGUUUGGACUUCACGGUGGCGGAGAAGGAGGAGUGGUACACGGCGUUCGUCAACAUCACGUACGUGGAUCCGGACACGGCCGAGGUGCGCACCGAGAAGACGGAGUGCGGGCGUUACGGGGAGCACUCGCUCAAGCGCGAGGCCAGAGGCGUGCUGGCGAUGCCCGCCGCGCCGCAGGACAGACACGCGUGCGACCCCAGCUGCAGGUUCACGCCGCGCGGACACGGCGCGUGGAUCGCGCUCAUCAGCCGGGGAAACUGCACGUACAGAGACAAAAUCCGAAACGCCGUGGGGAAAAACGCGUCCGCUGUGGUCAUAUUCAACGUGGGAUCCUCCAACCCCAAUGAGACCAUCACCAUGUCUGAUUCAGGCACCGGGGACGUGGUGGCCAUCAUGAUUCCCGAGCCGAAGGGUCGUGAUCUGGUUCUUCUGAUGGAGAGGAACAUCUCCGUUCACAUGCACAUCACCGUAGGAACACGCAACCUGCAGAAAUACGUCAGCCGCACCUCCGUGGUCUUCGUCUCCAUCUCCUUCAUCAUCCUCAUGAUCAUCUCGCUGGCCUGGCUCGUCUUUUACUACAUCCAGCGCUUCAGAUACGCCAACGCCAGGGACCGCAACCAGAGGAGGCUGGGCGACGCUGCCAAAAAAGCCAUCAGCCAGUUACAAGUGCGGACCAUCAGGAAAGGCGAUCAGGAGACGGAGAGUGAUUUUGAUAACUGUGCCGUGUGUAUCGAGGGUUAUAAACCAAAUGAUGUAGUGAGAAUCUUACCUUGCAGUUCUGUUCAUGCGCAGUCGAGUGCCGAGUGUCUGAAUGAACUCCCUCUGGACUAUGAGCUCGCCGUGGGGGGCGUGGCUCUCAACGCCAUGGUGAUGAGCGAUGAUGUCAUGGGCGGUGAUGUCGUCGGGGGGCGUGGCCCCGGUGUGAGGAUGGUGGGUCUCCCUCAGGUCCUCCUGGACUCUGAGUCGCUGUCCCAGGACACCUUGCCAACCGAACAGAGUGAGUUACAGCCAAUAGCCAGCGGCAGUUCAGAGGUGUCGCUUGUGAUGGGGGCGGGGCAUUCGGACAUGGACACGCCCACUGAUGAUCCAAAGUGCUGAUCUGGCCACGCCCACUCGUGCUUAAACGUUUGGGUGACCACGGCGACAGCAUUAGACGAGUUGAAUGGGCUUUGAAUGGCCAGUGAUUGACCGACACGCUGCCUGCCGAGUACAUACUACAAUCCACAUCCAAUGUUACAUUCAUUUCAUCUUCCUUCCUUUUUCUCUGAAAAGCAGGGUAAACUCUGUUCUCUCGCCCGCAGUGCACACUACAGUAUGCACUUGAGCUAAAGCACUUGUUCGGGAUCCGCAGACGAUCGGUUCUGCUCUGCUCGACAAUCUUCUCUUUCUUACCGCCGCAGUGUUCGCUGCCCGUUUUACCAUUUGUCUGUGAUCCCAGCGGAAAGAACGUGUCAAAGACUAUUUUGAAUCUGAUCAGAAGUGGUUUAUUUUUCUAUAGAGAAGCAUUUGAUGUGCUCGAGUUCUGCAGUAUU